AUGUCCUCGGCAAAACAGUGUGAGGAGGCCGCGGCGGAGGGGACCGUGGUGAAGACAACAGCGAACAAGGACUACUACUUCGACUCCUACAGCCACUACGGCAUUCACAUGGAGAUGCUGAAAGACUACCACCGCACGACGGCCUAUCGCGAUGCGAUCUGGCGUAAUGCGUACAUGUUCAAGAACAAGGUCGUCCUUGACGUGGGGUGCGGUACUGGUAUUCUCUCCAUGUUUGCUGCCCGCGCGGGUGCGCGCAAGGUCAUUGGCAUCGACUGCAGCAAUGUGGCGGUGCAGGCACGCCGGAUUGUGCAGGACAACGACUUCGGCGACGUCAUCACCAUUAUCCAAGGCAAGGUGGAGGAGCUAGACCUGGAUGAGAAGGUGGACAUUAUCAUUAGCGAGUGGAUGGGCUACUUCCUCCUGUACGAGUCCAUGCUGAACACAGUCCUCUACGCGCGUGACCGCUGGGGUGCGCCGGAUGUGAAGAUUCUGCCGAACAGCGCCAACAUGUACGCAUGCGGCAUCACGGACCCGCAGUACAUCGAGCAGAAGUUCAACAUCUGGAAUAACGUGAAUGGGCUCGACUUCUCCUACUUCAAGCGCCUCAGCUACAUUGAGCCGCUCAUCGACACCGUCGACCCGCAGCAGAUCAUCACUGACAUUGUUCCGUUCUUCUCCUUUGACAUCAACAAGGUGGCCGCGGAAGAGUUGUCCUUCACAAGAACAUUUACACUGGAGGCGAAGCAGGGCGACUUUGUGCACGCCAUCUCGGUUCACUUUGACACCCCAUUCUACGCAGGCCAUGAUCCCGUGGUACUGAAUACGUCGCCAAUGGUGCCGCCCACGCACUGGCGGCAGACGGUGCUCUACAUUUUCCAUCCGCUGAUCAUGAAGCGAGGCGAAAAGGCGAACUUCACGAUGAAGUGUGUGCCGAACCCGGGAAACCCGCGGGACCUUGACAUUUCUCUGCGCAUCGACUUUGAUGGUGAGCUGCAGGCGUGCCACUACGACCAAGACUUCCGCCUCCGGUGA